AUGGAUAGCUGCAUAGUACAGAUCAACCUGAACCGAUCUCGGGGGGCUCAGGAUUUGCUGAUGCGGACGAUGCAGGAGCACGAGUGUGAUUUAGCGUGUGUAUCUGAGCCGUACCGGGUCCCUAAGGACCCAAGAUGGAUCGGGUCACUCGAGGCCACCCCAAUGGCUGCGGUGAUGUGGCAGGGUUCCCGGUCUUCCAGACCAGCGGUACUGAUCAAUAGAGGAGAAGGUUUUGUCGUAGGGUGGAACGAACUGGCGGUGGUGUCGUGCUACUUCUCGCCGAAUAGGAGCGUGAACCAGUUCCGAGCCUUCCUGGCGGCAAUUGGGGAUGCAACUAGUACACUAAGAGGACGACCGAUCCUGAUCAUGGGGGAUUUUAAUGCCCAUUCCCAUCUUUGGGAAAAUACCCACCCCAUUUUAAAAGGGGACGCGAUGGCGACCUGGGCUGCCGUGCAGGAUUUUAGGCUUCUGAACAGGUAUAAUGUGGCCACCUGUGUGAGGCCUCAGGGGAAGUCGGUCAUUGACCUAACCUGGGUAUCGCCGGCGCUGUUGCCGUUUGUUAGGGCAUGGGACGUGGCUGUCGAGGAAGAGGCGCUGUCGGACCACCGAAAAGUGACCAGAGGGCGUAGGAAGCGAGGUGCGGCGGUCCCAGCACUGGAGGCUGAACUGGCUUUGGCCAGGAAAACGCUCAGGCAAGCCAUCAAAGAGGCCAAGAAUAGGGCAUGGCUGGAGCUACUGGGUGAUAUUGAUAGAGAUCCCUGGGGCCGCCCCUAUAAGGUUGUGCUGGGCAAGCUCAGGCCCCCGGAUAAACCGGUUUCGCAGAACUGUACGAGAGGCUCCCUCCCAAUGUCUCCUGUGGCACCUUACGGUAGUCCGAAGAACUCCUCCCAAGCGACAGGAGCGGGAACUUCCUCAAGGAUUUAG